AUUCAUUCGUGAAGCUAGGUAAGCAGCGCCAACGUCGCACCAGAUGCAUUGUGCCUAAAGUGCCUUGCAUCAUGAUGCAUGCAUCUAGUAUUUGAAUCUCAUACCUUUUCUGCUAAACUCCUAUGGUUGGCUUUUUUCUAGUACACUCGCUCUUGAUGAUAUCUUAAUUAGUUCAGCUUUGAGAAUCGAGAUGGCUUCAACAUUCAAAGCAAUCGAGCAUGUUAUCCCCGACCAGCACAUCCGAGAAUAUCCCAACGGAACCAAGCACCAAGAAGAGGAUAUCUUCCAGCUUCCUAUUAAGCAAUUUAUUCCUAUAAAUUCUCUCAGUCCAGUCCCAGAAAACUCCCUUAACAUUAUUUGGGUGUAUGGUAGUGGUUUUCCUAAGGUAUAUAAUUUUUCUUCAACACGUUCGUCAAAACUCCCAUAGACUAAUUCCGAAUUUCAGGAAACUUACGAACCAUUAUGGGAAGAAGAUUUGUAUUGCAAUUUACUCUCGCGCAACGUACAUACACGAAGUAUACGGGUGGCAUAUUGCUCCAAUCAAUGAGCUAGCGGGAUAUUGAGUGAAGAUAUUCAAGGUGAUGAAAAGUUCGUGAUGGCCUGAAAAGUUCCAAAACAUACCGAAUCUAAUGCUAUACCGAUUAUGCAUCCACGUCUACUGUCUAUCUCGAUUCUUUACGAACCCGUGAUGACGACAUCCGGAACUUGAAAUGGCGAGUCAGACCCUGCUCUCUGUGUCGACUAUGCGAGGCGAUCUUUGGGAUACACACAAGAAAACUGAAAGCUAGCUAGGUAUUUCCGCAAAGCUUUUAGUACAUGGGAUCCACGGGCUCUUGAGCCAUAUCUAAAUUACGGCCUUAAGGACAACUCCAACAACACUCUAUAACCUCGCCCACAAAAUUCCAGCAAGCGCUAUAACCUUAACAACUAAUAAACACCAGGAAACAUAGAGCUAUAAGAUUACACAAGUCAACUUCAAAUUCG